AACAAGCGUCCAGCAAAUAAUAAUAAUAAGAAGAAGUAGAAGCAAAGAUAAAGAAUUUGUUUUUGCGCUGUCCAGUGAAAUAAGAGAGGAGAACGAGCGCAGAAGUAGCAGAGAGAAGUGUUGAGCGGGAGAGAGAGCAGAACAGUAAACGGCUACGAAAAUGUCUGCGACAAUUGUGCAAAAAUCAACUGGAACUGCAAAUAUCGUUGGCAAUGCAAAUAUCGUUGGCAAUGCACACUAUUUCGAAUGUGAUGACAUAUUCCAAGGGGUUGUCAGUGAUAUGCAGCAGCAACAGCAGCAACAGCAACAGCAACCGGAUCACAUCCUGGAUGCCAGCAUGGAUCAGCACGUAAGCGAUAAGGAUCUUCAUCAUCAUCAGCAGCAGCAGCAGCAACAACAACAACAGCAGCUGCAUCAACAGCUCCUGAAUCAGCAUCAACGUUUGCAUGGUCCGUUAACUCGUACCAUCUCACAGCCGGCUCAACGUCUAAGCCAGUUGGCACAGCAACAACAGCAGCAGCAACAACAGCAGCAGCAACCGGCAGUUACAUCGCUGGUGACCAUCAUUGAGAAUCUGAGCAACAUAACGUUGCAUCGCAAAUUGGAGCGCACACAGUCGGAGCCGCUGCCACCCCAGCAGCCAAUGAAUACAUCGCGUUACAAGACGGAAUUGUGUCGUCCCUAUGAGGAGGCUGGCGAAUGCAAAUACGGCGAAAAAUGCCAAUUCGCCCAUGGCUAUCACGAGUUGCGCAAUUUGCAGCGUCAUCCGAAGUAUAAGACCGAAUAUUGUCGCACCUUUCACAGUGUUGGCUUCUGUCCCUAUGGGCCGCGUUGCCAUUUCGUGCAUAAUGCGGACGAGGCGCGUGCGCAGCAACAGCAACAACAGCAGCAGCAACAACAACAGGCCGGCAAAGCGUUCCAGAAGCCAACGCAACUCUCCAACGGCAACACCAACAACAACAACAACAACAGCAGCAACAACAACAACAACAACAACAGCAACAACAACAACACAAACAUUACUCAAUACUUUUUACCGCUAAGUCCGCCACUGAGCAUGAGCACCGGUUCAGAUCGCGAAUCGCCAACCGGUUCGCUCUCCCUCUCGCCCACAAAUUCGCUGACAAAUUUUCCAUUCCACGAUGCGGCUGCCUAUUUGAAUAUGCCCAAUGCAUGUAACGGUACGGCCAAUGGGCAUGCCUCAUCGGCAUCAUCCACAUCCUCGGCGUGCGGCUUGGCGCCGGCCACGCCCCCAGAUAGCCCAAACGCGCCCAUUUCGCCGGUGCAUACGCCGCCCCCAACGUCGCAGUCGGCGCAGCAUUUCGAGCACAACAGCAACAGCAGCAGCAGCAACAAUAGCAACAGCAGCAGCUGCAACAAACAGCAACACGAGGAGGCGCCACGGCUGCCCGUCUUCAAUCGCUUAAGCUCCACAACGGCUGCUGCCACAAUUCUAAUGCAAAAAUCUCAGACAAUUAAUCGAUACCCGAUCAUUCCACAAGAGAACUUCUUGUAAAUCGCGAGGGUGGAUGGAAAGAACUCGACAUUUCAAAUUCAAAUUCAAAUUCAAAUUCACCCACUCCCCAGUCUCCACUCUCCACUCUCCAUUCUCUACUUUCCACUCUCCAUAGAAUGGGAACUCACACGCACACACACACUCACUUACCCACUCUCUCUCUCUCUCUCUGUUUCUCUCUC